AUGAAAUGGUGCGAGCCCUGCGAUCGUUCAUUUGGCAGCCAGGACGCCCUCGACCAGCAUCUACACAACUCACCAGCACAUGCUGUGACCUACGAUUGCGGGCCCUGCAAUCGUUCAUUUGGCAGCCAGGACGCCCUCGACCAGCAUCUACACGACUCACCAGCACAUGCUGUGACCUACGAUUGCGGGCCCUGCAACCGUUCAUUUGGCAGCCAGGACGCCCUCGACCAGCAUCUACACAACUCACCAGCACAUGCUGUGACCUACGAUUGCGGGCCCUGCAAUCGUUCAUUUGGCAGCCAGGACGCCCUCGACCAGCAUCUACACGACUCACCAGCACAUGCUGUGACCUACGAUUGCGGGCCCUGCAACCGUUCAUUUGGCAGCCAGGACGCCCUCGACCAGCAUCUACACAACUCACCAGCACAUGCUGUGACCUACGAUUGCGGGCCCUGCAAUCGUUCAUUUGGCAGCCAGGACGCCCUCGACCAGCAUCUACGCGAUUCACCAGCACAUGCUCGAAUGUCCAGAACUCCUCUUGACGUGUUUUUUGGGUCUUUCAAUGGGUUUGUAUAUGAUCCCACUCUGGCGCCAACUGAAUCGUAUUCAUCCCUUCAAAGGUAUUACGGUUGGCGUAGAGGUGAAAGGGAAUCUGAUCAAGCUUGGCAACAAUUUCAAGAAGCUCUCAGUCAGGAGUUCAAGCUCUGGUUUGGAACAGAGGAUGACCUUGUCGCUUGGCAUUCACUUUGCCGCGCUGUGAAGAUUGAACCGUUACCAAGAACAUGUCUUGGUUGCGAAAAGGUAGAGCUCACCGCAACAUCCCUGGGACGUAAUGUUAACUUCGACUGA